AUGAUCUUCUCUGGAAUACCAUUACGCUCCAUCACUCUUCAGAGUACCGUUCUAGCAAUUGAAUCGAAAGCAGCCGCAAAAUCGAUGAACAUACAACAAUGGAGUUCAACUAGAAGCAUAUUGGCCUUAAGCUUAUGGAUAACGGAAAUUAUUUCUUCUUCUGUUGGCGGUUCGCAAUUGCAAACUUAUGGCUCGAUGAGCGAAUCAACUAUGCCCGAGUCAACAGAUGACACAUCAUGACAUACAAGUAUUGACCAAUCAGCCAGAUAUAAUGGUAGCGAUCAGAAAUCAGCACAGGUGAUAGCGAUAUCAAGUGAUAAAAACGUUUGGAAAGACUAUGAAAAGUUAGCGAUUAGCGAAAUACCAGUGCCUGAAAAAAAAGCUAUAGAAGUAAAAUAA